AUGGAACAGUCGCUUGACGAAAUCAUCGCUGGAAAGCACAGCGAACAGACGGCAAACAAGGGACGCCGCGAGCGUAGAGCACGCGGGAGCCGUGGAGGCAGCGAACGGCGCCGUGGCCCUCGCCGCACGACCGACGACCGUCAGCGUGAGCCUCCUUGUGUCUUGAUCAAGAACCUCCACAAGGACAUCAACGAGGGAGAGCUCCGAGACCUGUUCCGCGAGGUCGGCCCGAUUAGUCGCGUUUCUAUCGACUACGACAAGCAAGACAAGCGCACUGGCCGUGCCUGGGUUCUCUACAACUACGGCGAGGACGCUGCUGUGGCCGCAGGUCGCUUCAACGGCCGCCGGGCCGUCGGACAGAUUAUCACCGUCAAGCAAGUCCGCAGCAUUGGCGACCUCGACAAACCUUCUACUUCUUUACGCGACCGUAUUGGCGGCUCUGCCAAGCCCGAAAAGCGUGGCGGACGCAAGGCCAAGACCGAACGCCCUCGCGGUCCCAAAACCCAAGAAGAGCUCGACGCAGAGCUCGACGCCUACAUGAAUGAUUCCGCCCCGGCUGACCCCGCUCCGGCCGCUGCACCGGCCGCUCCCGCUGCUCCCGCUGCUCCUGAGGCUGCUCCCGAUGCUGCUCCGGCCGCUCCGGCUCCUGAACCCGAAGAUGUUAUGAUCGAGUAA